AUGGUGAUGAUGAUGAUGUCCGUGGUGAUGGUGAUGAUGAUGGAAAAGAUCGUGGAGAAUGCUGUGAUGAUGAUGAUGGUGGUGCCCGUGGUGAUGGUGAUCUACGACAACCACCUGAACAGGCUAACCGCGGACGUCUUAUCAGGAGCCGAUGACGUCAUCGUGUUGGAAGAACGUGAUCUCGUUAGACACUCAAUGAGUCACAAGAAAAGACAACUGAUGUUGGCGGAGAGACAGGGAAACAUGCGAUGA